AUGGACUUGUUCGAUCUGUCCAUGUUCGUUGAGGGUGAGGAGUUUGUGGCUCAAGACAACCAGGAUCCACAAACCUCAGGGGCAGACGCCGUUGGCAACCUGCAUCAAAUGCAGGCCAUCGGUCAAGUUGGUUUCCCGGAGACUGCUCUCAAUCGUGAGACGAUCCCACCUGUCGUUCCCCUCGCCUCGGACCCACUCAUCUCUUCCUUUGAGAUGAGACCCGAACUCACCUUCGACCAAUUCUGGUCUCACGCCCAUGUUGGAACUUGGGCUUUGCCUGUCGAAGUCGCCGGCGAAAAUCACCUGUGCGCCAGCAUGCCGCCGAGUGGCUUCGACGGGUUCUACAACACCUUCUCGGGGUCCGUUUACGCCGCUCCCUCUGGCCGGAGAGCGCACAAGCCUCAGCCACCCUUGACCACGCCCACCACCACAUUUUCAUGUGCACCUGGCAUGCACGGAAACGGGCCGAGCCUCGGGUCAAAGACUCCAGCCCGGCAGGGGGAGCUUGGGAUAGUCCUUGAGGACCCCAAAAAUGGUGUUUCUCCCCGGGAGAAGAGGGUCCGCAGCCGAGAGGAGCUCGAGAGCCAGAAGAAGGCUAUGCGGACCCUGAAAGAGAAGGGACGGGGACGCCAGUGCAUUCGACCGGCCCAGGUCAACCAGCCAACCAAGUCUGCUGAGGCUCAGACUUCUGUUCAGGCUCCUCCAGUUCAGGCUCCUCCAGUUCAGGCUCCUCCAGUUCAGGCUCCUCCAGUUCAGGCUCCCUCCGUCCAAGCUCCUCUUACUCAAGCUCCUCCUGUCCAAGCUCCCAGUGGUUUCCUGGAGCCAAUGUCGGAGACAUCUUCGCAACAGACAAGUCUGGGCUCGUCACCCAACUUCCUGUGCGUCCCUACCUUUUCUUCGAGUCCUGGCUGGGGAAACAGCGACUCCACCCAGUCUCCUCUCCUGUUCAACACGUCCGACUUUCCUCCCGACGCCGGCUUGUCCAUGGACAUCGACUUUCCGACGAACACGGACUUUGACAUGAACAUGGCGAUUGACCCUAAGUUGAUCGAGGAUCCGGCCUUGCUCUACAGAGGCCCGCUCGAGGAACCGUCUGAUCCAGUCCUUUUCGAUCCUUGGGCACCACACAUGUUCUCUGACGAUGGCGAUCCCAACGAUGCCACUCAAACUUGGCCUGGGCUCUUCGACACGAACUAG